AUGGCUCGGCCGCCACCCCUGGAAGAAUUGCCCCGAUGCUGCCACACACCUCCAAUUCGAUCCGUUGCACCUCAGAUCCUAGCUGGGAGCCUGAAAGCUCCGCUCUGGCUUCGUGCUUACUUCCAGGGCCUGCUCUUCUCUCUGGGCUGCAGGAUCCAGAGACACUGUGGCAAAGUGCUCUUCCUGGGACUGUUGGCCUUUGGGGCCCUGGCAUUGGGUCUCCGUGUGGCUGUUAUUGAGACUGACCUGGAACAACUCUGGGUAGAAGUGGGCAGCCGGGUAAGCCAGGAGCUGCGUUACACCAAGGAGAAGCUGGGGGAGGAGGCUGCGUACACCUCCCAGAUGUUGAUUCAGACUGCACGCCAGGAGGGAGAGAACAUCCUCACGCCUGAAGCACUUGGCCUCCACCUCCACGCAGCCCUCACUGCCAGUAAAGUGCAAGUGUCACUCUACGGAAAGUCCUGGGAUCUGAACAAAAUCUGCUACAAAUCUGGAGUUCCCCUUAUUGAAAAUGGAAUGAUUGAGCGGAUGAUUGAGAAGCUGUUUCCCUGUGUGAUCCUCACCCCACUUGACUGCUUCUGGGAGGGAGCCAAACUCCAAGGAGGCUCCGCCUACUUGCCGGGUCGGCCUGACAUCCAGUGGACCAAUCUGGAUCCAGAACAGCUGCUAGAGGAGCUAGGCCCCUUUGCCUCUCUCGAGGGCUUCCGGGAACUGCUAGACAAGGCACAGGUGGGCCAGGCCUAUGUGGGGCGGCCCUGCCUGGAUCCUACUGAUACCCACUGCCCACCUAGUGCCCCCAACCAUCUCAGCAGACAGGCUCCCAAUGUGGCUCAGGAGCUGAAUGGGGGCUGCCAUGGCUUCUCCCACAAAUUCAUGCACUGGCAGGAGGAGUUGCUGUUGGGAGGCAUGGCCAGAGACCUCCAAGGACAGCUGCUGAGGGCAGAGGCCCUGCAGAGCACCUUCUUGCUGAUGAGUCCCCGCCAGCUGUAUGAGCACUUCCGUGGUGACUAUCAGACGCAUGACAUCGGCUGGAGCGAGGACCAGGCCAGCACUGUGCUGCAGGCCUGGCAGCGGCGCUUCGUACAGCUGGCCCAGGAAGCCCUUCCUGAGAAUGCCUCCCAACAGAUCCAUGCCUUCUCCUCUGCCACCCUGGAUGACAUCCUACACACGUUCUCUGAAGUCAGUGCUGCCCGGGUGGUAGGAGGCUAUCUGCUCAUGCUGGCCUAUGCCUGUGUGACAAUGCUACGGUGGGACUGUGCUCAGUCCCAGGGUGCGGUGGGCCUGGCUGGGGUGUUGCUGGUGGCCCUGGCAGUGGCUUCAGGCCUUGGGCUCUGUGCCCUGCUUGGCAUCACCUUCAAUGCUGCCACUACUCAGGUACUACCCUUCUUGGCUCUGGGCAUUGGAGUGGAUGACAUAUUCCUGCUGGCUCAUGCAUUCACCGAGGCUCCACCUGGCACCCCUCUCCAGGAGCGCAUGGGCGAGUGCCUGCAGCGCACCGGCACCAGUGUUGCACUCACAUCCAUCAACAACAUGGUCGCCUUUUUCAUGGCUGCCCUGGUUCCCAUCCCUGCCCUGCGGGCCUUCUCCCUGCAGGCAGCCAUAGUGGUUGGCUGUAGCUUUGUAGCUGUGAUGCUUGUCUUCCCAGCGGUCCUCAGCCUGGAUCUGCGCCGACGCCACUGCCAGCGCCUUGAUGUGCUCUGCUGCUUCUCUAGUCCCUGCUCUGCUCGUAUGAUUCAGAUUCUCCCCCAGGAUCUGGGGGAGAGGACAGUACCAGUGGGCAUCGCCCACCUGACAACCACAGUGCAAGCAUUUACACACUGUGAAGCCAGCAGCCAGCAUGUGGUCACCAUUCUGCCUCCUCAAGACCACCUGGUGCCCCCACCUUCUGACCCACUGAGCUCUGAGCUUUUCAGCCCUGGGGGGUCUACACGGGACCUUCUGGGCCAAGAGGAGGGGACAAGGCAGAAGGCAGCCUGCAAGUCCCUACCCUGUGCCCGCUGGAAUCUUGCCCAUUUUGCCCGCUAUCAGUUUGCUCCCUUGCUGCUCCAGUCACAAGCCAAGGCUAUGGUGCUGGUGUUCUUUGGGGCUCUUCUGGGCCUGAGCCUCUACGGAACCACCUUGGUGCAGGACGGGCUGUCCCUGACAGAUGUGGUACCUCGAGGCACCAAGGAACAUGCCUUCCUGAGUGCCCAGCUCAGGUACUUCUCCCUGUAUGAGGUGGCCCUGGUGACCCAGGGUGGCUUUGACUACGCCCACUCCCAACGUGCCCUCUUUGAUCUGCACCAGCGCUUCAGUUCCCUCAAGGCUGUGCUGCCCCCUCCUGCCACCCAGGCACCCCGGACCUGGCUGCACUAUUACCGCAACUGGCUGCAGGGAAUCCAGGCUGCAUUUGACCAGGACUGGGCUGCUGGGCGUAUUACCCGUCAUUCCUACCGCAAUGGCUCAGAGGAUGGGGCACUGGCCUACAAGCUGCUCAUCCAGACUGGAAAUGCCCAGGAGCCGCUGGAUUUUAGCCAGCUGACCACAAGAAGGCUGGUAGAUGAGGAAGGACUGAUUCCACCAGAGUUCUUCUAUGUGGGGCUGACAGUGUGGGUGAGCAGUGACCCCCUGGGUCUGGCAGCUUCCCAAGCCAACUUCUAUCCCCCACCUCCAGAAUGGCUACACGACAAAUAUGACACCACUGGGGAGAAUCUUCACAUCCCAGCAGCCCAACCCCUGGAGUUUGCCCAGUUCCCCUUCCUGCUGCAUGGCCUCCAGAAGACUGCAGACUUUGUGGAGGCCAUUGAGGGGGCCCGGGCAGCAUGUGCGGAGGCAGGCCAGGCAGGGGUGCAUGCCUACCCCAGUGGCUCCCCCUUCCUCUUCUGGGAGCAGUAUCUGGGCCUGCGACGCUGCUUCCUGCUGGCUGUCUGCGUCCUGCUGGUGUGUACCUUCCUCGUCUGCGCCCUGCUGCUGCUCAACCCAUGGAUGGCUGGCCUCAUAGUGCUGGUCCUGGCGAUGAUGACUGUGGAGCUCUUUGGGAUCAUGGGUUUCCUGGGUAUCAAGCUGAGUGCCAUCCCCGUGGUGAUCCUCGUGGCCUCUGUGGGCAUUGGUGUCGAGUUCACAGUCCAUGUGGCUCUGGGCUUCCUGACCACCCAGGGUAGCCGGGACCUUCGGGCUACCCGAGCGCUAGAGCGCACGUUUGCCCCUGUGACCGAUGGGGCUAUCUCCACGUUGCUGGGUCUGCUCAUGCUUGCUGGCUCCAACUUUGACUUCAUUGUAAGGUACUUCUUCCUGGUGCUAACAGUACUCACACUCUUGGGCCUCCUCCAUGGACUCAUGCUGCUGCCUGUGCUGCUUUCCAUUCUGGGCCCCCCACCUGAGGUGGUACAGAUGUACAAGGAGGGCCCAAGGGUCCUGGGCCUUGCAACUCCACAGGGAGGCAGACUUGGGUGGGGGGCAUCCCCCACCCUCCACCAGAACUUUGCCAGAGUGACUACCUCCAUGACCGUGGCUCUUCACCCACCCCCUCUACCUGGUGCCUACAUCCACCCAGCCUCUGAUGAGCCCACAUGGUCCCCAGCUGACAGUGGCUCUAGCAACUUCGGUUCUAGAGCCAACCACUGAGUGAAG